CUCCACAGGAUUAAAUCGCGAUUUAUUCGUCGUUAAAGCACACCUAGUACAACUCGGAAGCGUUACGGUCCCUCCAACUCAACCUUCGGGCGUCAGUACAGCUCCUUUUCAACAAUUUCCCCAUAGCCAUGUCGGCCCAAAAGCCUCAGACCUUCAACCCGGAAAAUGUUCAUAAGCCGCGGCCGGUUUACAGCCACGUGGCUACAACCCCCAUUUCUGGUCCAUCCAAAUUAAUCACCAUCGCCGGCCAGAUAGGCGUUCAUCCUAGAACGGGUGAAGUGCCGUCGGAUUUCCUUGCUCAAGUUGAACUGGCUCUGGAAAAUCUACGUCAGUGCCUCAUCGCCGCUGGGGCUACAACACGCGAUAUCGUCAGGAUCACGCAUUACAUUAUUGACGUCGGCAGCAACGCAUCCGAUAGCUUUCGGAAACAGUACAUGGACUUUAUAGGUGAUCAUCGGCCUCCAAGCUCCCUCAUUGGCGUUACUGCUCUCGCAGAUCCCAGGUUGCUGUACGAGAUAGAGGCAACCGCGAUUAUUGCUGAAUAGAUCUAUUCUGAUAUGGCCGUCAAGUAUUGUGGAUGGGCGAGAAC